CCCCACCGCGGCGCGGCGCAGGCUGCGUGUGCUCCCUUCUCCUUCCUCCGGAAGCUUCCUUCUCCCUCUUCUUCACGGGACAGGCGUAGCGAGAGGGGGGAGCGAGAGAUAGAGAGGUCGACGCGCCGGGGACGAGGCGAGCCAUGGAGGCGCCCUUCAUCUACCGCCGCCCCCGCGGCAGCGGCUCCACUGAGGACGCGGCCAUCAUGGCUGCCGUGGAUGGCGACCUCGGCCGGCUCAAAGGCAUUGUAGAGAGUCUUGGCAAAGGAAAUGGCGACCGAGCUGCCGUUUUUUCUCUCAAAAAGGGUGGCGUUGGGGUGCUGCACUGCGCCGCUUGUACGGGCCAUCUGGAGGUUUGCAAAUACUUGGUGGAGGAACUUGGGGGGGAUGCAAAUAUGAAAGCAGCUGAAGGUGUGACACCAUUUAUGACCGCUGCUCAGUCUGGUGAUGUUUCUACUGUGAAGUAUCUUCUUGAUCGUGGUGGUGAUCUAAUGAAAGCAGAUGAGAAAGGACGCACAGUUCUACAUCAUGCUGCAUGCACUGGAAGUACUAAGGUAACAGAGUUCCUGCUUUCAAAAGGAAUACCUGUUGACAUAGACUAUGGCCAUGGGACUGCACUCCAUCAGGCUGCUAUCAAUGAGCAGGAUAAGACAGUGAAGAUUUUAUUGGAUCACCACGCAAAUCCGAACACAACCUUUAGUGGCGUCGGCACUCCACUCGUGGGUGCUCUUCUUUACCAUUCAUUGAAGUGCAUGAAGCUGCUAAUUAAGGCUGGUGCCGAUGUCAAUGGCAAAGGCAAUUUGGCAUCUCCUCUAGUAAUUGCUACGAUGCGGGGAGGUUAUACGGAUGAAGUUCGGUUACUCUUAAAGGCUGGAGCAGAUCCUAAUAUUCCAGAUGAUUUGGGUAGAUUGCCAGUGGAGCUUGCUGCAUUAAAUGAUUGCAUGGAAGAAGUUGAAAUGCUGUUUCCCUUGACUUCACCAAUCCUAGGUGUUCCAAAUUGGAGUGUUGAUGGAGUAAUCUCUCAUGCAAAAUUGGAAUGUGAAAAGCCAUUGGAGGAACAUCACAUUGCAAGAAGGAAAGCUAUGUUCAAGUCACAGGCAAGUAAGGCAUUCAAGCUGAAGAAUUAUGCUUUGGCAUCAAAAUUGUAUGGGUUGGCCAUAGAUCAUGCACCAGAUGCAACGCUAUAUUCAAACAGGAGCCUUUGUCGACUGCAAAUGGGUGAUGGCGAAGGUGCACUAUCAGAUGCUUACAAGUGCAGGAUGAUGCGACCUGACUGGGCUAAAGGUUGCUAUCGUCAGGGUGCAGCUCACAUGUUACUCGGGGAGCACAAGCAAGCCCAUAACGCUCUUCUGGAUGCGCAGAAGUUGGAUCCUGGAAAUGAAGAGAUUGAGAGAGAACUACGGAAGGCUAUGGAACUAAUGAAGGUCCCUCCCGAUGAAGAUGAGCAGUGAAGCGUGGCUGUCUGACUACGAGCAGCAUGUGGUGGUCAGAGAAGAAUAGUGAUCAAAGUCCUAGUGAUUAUGCUUAGUUAGGGAGAAAUUGUCAGGUGUCUAACGAAUUGCAAGGGGAAGCACGAGACGAUGUGUUCUGCUCGCUGCAACUGAAACAGUGUGCAAGUCUGGAAAGUUUGGAGGGCGUUUCUUCAGCUGGAGAGUUUAGGACUGGGCGUCGAUAGAUGCUGCGACAAAAUUUGAGAAGAAAUUUCUGCGAACUGAACAUUUUGCUGUGCCGUGGAAAUCUAAGACGGACAUGCAGCGUACAAAGAUAUGCUUGGUGUGAAAUUGCCUGUUCGAUUGGCGCACGGUGUUUCUGUUGUUCUGAUCGAUUUGCACUGACCGAGCA